AGUUGGCCGGAGACCGUUGCGGUGCUUGCGUGUUUAUAUUUAUUGUAACGUUUGUCGCGGAAUCAGUUUAAACUAUACGGAACAUUUUUUUUAUAAUAAUAAACAACAACAACAACAAAAAUUUUAUUAAAACAAAUAUUGAAAGGAAAGAAAAUCGAUAAAUUAAUCAGUUUGGAAAAGAAGCCGUUGACAAUUAUAUUUAAAUUGAACUUUAAGUAGAGAGAGAAAACGGAAAAUCAAAUCGAAGACGGGAUACAAAAACGAACUCUCAGUAUUAACCAACAAUAUACAUGUAUAAGAAAGCAUAAUCUAAUAUGCCAUCGACAUUACAUAAUCUGAUAAAAAUUAAUCAGAUCGUAAAUGCUAAUCAUUGCGUUUCAUUUUGAUUAAAUGACAAUUUUAUUACACUUGUAACUACGUUGUUUUUUGGAAACUCGCAACUUGGAGAUAGUGUUCAAUUUCGACCGAAUAAAUGAAAAAGAAGUGGUAUAAAUAACGUCGCUUGCGCAAUUAAGUCAAUAAUUUAUCUUGACUUUUUUAUUUGAAUUUAUAAGAUUUUUUUUUGAAGAAAUAAAAAAAGGAAAAAUCAUAAUAAUAACGGUAGUGCCCGUUCUAUAUCACGUAAUAUUUACCCAAGAUAUUAUUCAUAUGAUAACGCGUCAAUUUAAUAUAUAAUUCGUUUUUCGGCAGUAUUAUGGUGAUAUCCGAUAAGAUAAACAAAAAUAUUGUAUUUGGUUAAGCAUAUUCGACUUCAAACUUUUUUUUCUUUUUUUUUGCUUUUGAUAUUAUUUACUUAAAAAAAAUUAUUAUCAAUAAUCGAGAACAAAUAUUAUUAAUAAUUGAUUAACGACAAGAAAACGAAUAAAAAAAUGGUGUGCGUUUAAUAGGAAGCAAUGGAAUAAGCCAAUCUAUAGCUUCGAAAAGGAAAAUAUUUUUUUUUCUAUAUCUGUGCUAAGUGCAUUGACAGUGAUAUAUUAUCCGGUUUUUACGAAAAAAAAGAAAGAAAGUCAAAAAAAAAAGUGUAAUCCUGUGAUCGUGUUUCGGUUCUAAUUGAAGUUUUUUUUUUGUUAAUUUCUCUCUGGAUUAAACAGGAAGAUCAUUUAUGACCAAAAGUACAUUGUGAUUGGUGAUACCCACGUGACAAAAAAAAACUAAAAGGAUAUUAACGAAACUACACGCACACAUUAUACUGAUUAUCCAGUUUUCAUCGUGGCGCCGCCUAUUAUCUUAGCCAUAUACCCAUAAACACUACAUACCCAAAAAUGUAAAAAAAGGGAUUAAAACUGCUUAACCUUAAAACCGUAAAGUGCAUCAGAUUUUUUUAAAUAAUUUUAGAACACAGUGCAACUAUAUAUACAAUGAAUUCUUGUUAACACUGCAUGCUCAAUGAAUUUCUAAGUAAAGUGGAAAACUCUCAAGUGUUUUCUUAUUGAGUUUUUGUUUCAAAAAUUAGAGGAAAAAAAUAAUUGAACUCUCGUUUCGUGUCCGAAUAUUUAAGACGAAUUUUAUAGGUGAAACACAAAAUCAUAUAUUAACUUGAAUGCAACACCGGUGUUGAAUCAAUGUCGCUUUUGUUUUUCGUUGUCCGGGUUUGUUUUCUUUUCGGUGAAUAAAUAAAUGUGAUUUUAGUUAGUGCGGUUAAAUAUAUUGUGCGUGUGUGUCCGUGGUACUUUUAUACUCAAUCAAGUAUAGCCGAAUGAAACAGUUUUUUAUUCAACCAAACGCCAAAUUAAUCUAAAAUAUGGAUAUGACAUCGACCGCGGAAUCGGCACGAUGGUAUGAUAAUCCACGAUUGGGUGCAUCACCCAAUACGGGAGGCAGUAGUCAUCAGAGUGGCGGUGUUGAUGCAUCGGAUAUGGGUGCUUUUUAUGCUUUAGAAAAUGCUGGUCAUAGAAGAUAUUAUUCAACAGGAUAUGCACCUCAUGCUUCGCGAAUGUCGUCGUCGCAUGCAUCACCUCAGGUGUGUAGACCGCACUUUCACGCACCGCUGCAUCCAUGGUUAAGUGAGCCUAAGUCAUUAGCAUCUGGUAGUCCUUGGGGUAGCCCGUUUGCUUGUCCACAAGAUCCACAAGAUAAAGUCCAAGUACAAAGUCAUCAAUCAGGUCAACAUUUAUUUUCAUUUCCUCCCACCCCGCCAAAAGACUCAACACCUGAUUCAGUACAAACAGGACCAACAGAGUAUCAGGCUGCUGUGAACGCAUUUAUGCAUCAAACUCAGUCGUCAUCAGCUACCUCUCUAACAUCCGAAAAUUGUUCCUUAGAUGUCAAACCGACAAUUCAAAAUGGUGUUAGUCAAUCGACGCCCAAACAGCGAGAAGGUACGACAAGCAAUAAUAAUACAAAUAGUAACAACAAUAAUUCGUCCCUGAAUGGAGGCAUCUUUGAUAAUCCGCAUAGCUCGUAUAGCGGCUAUGAGAGUAGUUAUGGCUAUCAUCAGGGUAGUAGUGGAUUUCCCUCGAGUGGUAGAUCGAAUAUGAGUCCACAUUCUAAACCACAACGGACUAAACCAAGAACUAGUGCUGAAGGAAGAGAAUGCGUGAAUUGUGGUGCAACAUCAACGCCAUUAUGGCGGAGAGACGGAACAGGACAUUAUUUAUGUAAUGCCUGUGGUCUGUAUUAUAAAAUGAAUGGACAAAAUAGGCCUCUUAUAAAACCCAAAAGAAGACUGUCACUACAAAGUGCUGCUAGACGAGCAGGAACAUCCUGUGCGAAUUGUAAAACAACAACAACAACGCUAUGGCGAAGAAACCAAAGUGGUGAACCCGUUUGUAAUGCAUGUGGACUUUAUUAUAAAUUACACAAUGUAAACCGACCACUGACUAUGAAAAAAGAAGGAAUUCAAACUAGAAAUAGGAAAUUAUCGUCAAAAUCGAAGAAAAAGAAAGGAAUGGGCAGUUGUCUACCGAUUGGCAGUCAUUUAGGCAUGGGUGACCUUAUGAAACCUCUGGACCAUUCGAAAGCAUUUUCAAGUGGUUUUUCCGCAUCAAUGGGUCAACAUGGACACCUUUCCAGUGGUUUACAUCCAGCGCAUGCUCAUAUGCAUGGCGGAUGGUAUCCAAGUGGAAUGGGAGCAUUGGGUGCGUCGAGUGGGUUACAAGGUGGUUUUUCAUCAGGAUCGUUAAGUGGUGGAGUAGUGCCUCAUUCACAAUCGUAUCAUCUUGGUAUUAGUACAAUGGGUGCAACAUGGCGGCCAGACUACACGUGAUGGACUGGAAAUAAUUUAAAUAAUAAUUUUUUUAGUUUCACUAACACUUCAAAAAUACAAAAUAUGAACCAAGUACAAACGACGAUUAAUUCAUUUUAACAUGAUGAUGAUGAUCAAGGAACAAAAA